UCGUCACCAAGAAAGGUUUUAUGCUAAUAAUUAUUUUGAGUAUUUACCAUUAGUGUCCACUGCCUUUAAAUGGAACUGUGGAAGUAACCUUCAGAGAAGAAACAGAAAAAAGCUCUAAUAUUAAUUAAGAGAAUUGCAUCCUUUUUUUUUUAAAUUAAUGUACAUUUAUACAUAAUAAAUUAAUGAUGUAAUUUUUUGGCAUGUUAUCUUUUCUCAUUACUAAAACCAUGCUGGCUUACAACAUUUUCUAAAAUGUACAGUUUCAAAUAAUGUGACUUCUCAGUUUGUCAAAUGUUUGCAAUUGUAGAUGAGCUUAAGACUUAUGAAUAUGAGACUUCUUGAGAUAUAGGGGUCAUUACAAGAAGAGUUUUAUAAGACUUCUUGAGAUAAAACUCAUCUAAGGACGUCAUCUUGUACUGUAAACAAAUUGGGAAAAAAUAUUCUAAGGAAAAAAAAAACAUUGAGAGUGAAACGAUUGACGAAAAUUUAUUUUAUGUAUUAUUUUGAUUUGUGACCUGUUUCUUCUAGGCAAACUAUUUUUGUGGUAGAAUUAUUUUUCUAACCCAAUGAUAUGAAUUUAUUGUUUUCUUAUUUUUUGUAUGCUUGUUUUUGUUUGCUGUUGUAAGAUCGUAGUCCUAUAAGGACUGCCUCCUUAUUAUUAUUUGUGUUUAUGUGUAUAAAAUGCGUGCUCUGUUAUUUUUUUUUUUCUUCUUUCUAUUUUUCAAUUUAUAUUAAAAACCAGCAUGCUUGAGCUUGCACAGAGAAAGCUGGCUAGCCUGCUGCUUGAACUUGCACAUAGAUUGCUGGCUAGCAAGCUUCAGCUCGCACAGAGAAAGCCAGUUAGCAAGCUUGAGCUUGCACACAGAAAACCAGUUAGCAAGCUUGAGCUUGCACAGAGAAAACCAGUUACAUGUAGCAAGGUGGAGCCACAAAGAAUGCUAGUUAGCAAGCUUGAGCUUGCACAGAGAUAGCUGGCUAGCGCUCUUGAACUUGCAAAGAGAUAGCUGGAGCUUGCAUACAGAUAGCCCAUAGCGUGCUUGAGCUUGCACAGAGAUAGUGGGCUAGCAAGCUUGAGCUUGCACAGAGAUAGCUGGCUAGCAAGCUUGAGCUUGCACAGAGAUAGCGGGCUAGCAAGCUUGAGCUUGCACAGAGAUAGCUGGCUAGCAAGCUUGAGCUUGCACAGAGAUAGCUGGCUAGCAAGCUUGGAGCAUGCACAGAGAAAGCUGGCUAGCAUGCUGGAGCUUGCACAGAGAAAGCUGGCUAGCCUGCUUGAGCUUGCACAGAGAAAGCUGGUUAGCAAGCUUGAGCUUGCACAGAGAAAGCUGGUUAGCAAGCUUGAGCUUGCACAGAGAAAGCUGGUUAGCGUGCUUGAGCUUGCACAGAGAAAGCCAGUUAGCAAGCUUGAGCUUGCACAGAGAAAGCUGGUUAGUGUGCUUGAGCUUGCACAGAGAAAGCUGGCUAGCAUGCUGGAGCUUGCACAGAGAAAGCUGGCUAGCAUGCUGGAGCUUGCACAGAGAAAGCUGGCUAGCCUGCUUGAGCUUGCACAGAGAAAGCUGGUUAGCAAGCUUGAGCUUGCACAGAGAAAGCUGGUUUGCAAGCUUGAGCUUGCACAGAGAAAGCUGGUUAGCGUGCUUGAGCUUGCACAGAGAAAGCCAGUUAGCAAGCUUGAGCUUGCACAGAGAAAGCUGGUUAGUGUGCUUGAGCUUGCACAGAGAAAGCUGGCUAGCAUGCUGGAGCUUGCACAGAGAAAGCUGGCUAGCAUGCUGGAGCUUGCACAGAGAAAGCUGGCUAGCCUGCUUGAGCUUGCACAGAGAAAGCUGGUUAGCAUGCUGGUGCUUGCACAGAGAAAGCUGGCUAGCCUGUUUAAGCAUGCACAGAGAUUGCUGACUAGCAAGCUUCAGCCUGCAGAGAGAUAGCUGGCUUGCAAGCUUGAGCUUGUGCAGGGAAAGCCAGUUAGCAAGCUUGAGCUUGCACAGAAAAUGCCAGUUAGCAAGCUGGAGCUUGCACAAAGAAUGCUGGUUAGCAAGCUUGAGCUUGCACAGAGAUAGCUGGUUAGCAAGCUUGAUGUAGCACAGAGAUAGCUGGCUAGCAUGCUUGGGCUUGCACAGAGAAAGGUAGUUAGCUAGCUUGAGCUUGCACAGAGAAAGUUGGUUAGCAAGCUUGAGCUUGCACAGAGAAAGCUGGUUAGCGUGCUUGAGCUUGCACAGAGAAAGCUGGCUAGCAUGCUGGAGCUUGCACAGAGAAAGCUGGUUAGCGUGCUUGAGCUUGCACAGAGAAAGCUGGUUAGCGUGCUUGAGCUUGCACAGAGAAAGCUGGUUAGCAAGCUUGAGCUUGCACAUAGAUAGCUGGCUAGCAAGCUUGAGCUUGCACAUAGAUAGUGGCUAGUGCAUGAGUACAAAUCCUUUAUAUUGGUGAAAAUGUCUUGUGUAUUCCCAUUCAAGUAUCAACUUAAAUUGAGGCUGAAAUGGGAACAACUGUCUGACCCCUUUUGAUACGUGUAGAAUCAGUAUUAAUUAUUUCUUGUGUACACAUGGAACAAAUCGUUGGGUUAAGCCUGGUAAACAUAUGGUUUAGGUAUAAUUUAUGUAUAAUUCAGAAUUCCAUAAAGCUGUGGUGUGCCUCUAAUAUUUGGCUUGCAUGGCCUAAAACAUGCAUUGCAUGAUAAAGGGAAGGUACACGUUUGGUAAUUACUCAAAACAAAUAUUAACUUAGAAACUGACUUGGUAACGAACAUUG